AUGCCCCUCACUGCUCAUCAACAACUUGCUCAUAAUCCCAAGCUCACUCCCCCACCACAGCUCCCAGAUAUUCCUGAAUUAGAAGUGCAUGAUGUGGACAACAACAACUCUGUCAUUUGCUACACUACAAAACCCAACACUAUGGGUUUAUAUCAUGUCUAUCCGACAUGUCCUACACUGGUACCCAUAGAUACACUAGAUGAUGUCUGUGAUGCCCCAACUCUGCAUCAAGCCAGUCAACCAGCUCUGCCUCCAGUACUGUCAUGUGUGCCUAGGUCUGCUGCAGAAACUGAUGACGUUUUUUCUGCAUUUACCAAUCCAACUUGCGGUCUUCUCAUGGCUUGGCAGCACUCUGGAACUACCAUGAAAUCUGGUGCAGAGCUCAAUCGUUUGUUGCAUUUCAUUCAACAUCCACUAUUUGAUCAAAAGGACAUGGACGGCUUCUGUUACAAUUGA